AUGGCUUCUUCAUAUUCUUCUUCAUCAACAAACGGUUGUCGCAACCAGACAAUGGACCGGUCCCAUUCUCACAAUGGUGCUUCACCCAUCAUUGCUUCACCACAUACGACCAAUGCGAACCGACGCGUCUCGACGGCUGUAGUUUCGAGUGAUGAUGAUAGGAUAUUGACGAUGCGAGAGAAGGAUCCACAGGGCAGUAUGGGUAAAGCAGGAGGUGUCAGUAACGGUGUGACCAGACCGAAAAGAAGGUUGAGCAGUCUUCCUUCCCUCCCCCAUCCUUUUUUUAAUGGACCGAACAACAGAGCAAUGUCCACCAACUCUGUCAACUCACCUCCCUCCUCUCCAAAACUCAGUCAACCUCAUUCAACCUAUCAAGCCAUGCAGAAUCACAAACAUGAUCAUGCACAUACAUCUCAUUCGACGAGUAACCACCACCAGCCAAUAUAUAACCGUUCAAACCCACCUAAGUUAGAUGAUAAAAUUGGGAUGGUCAGUUAUGCCACUCAAAUGGCAGCAGCAAGUAGAGAGAAAGAUGGACCGCCGACGUUAUGGGGUAUAGAAUUGAAAUGGAUCUCUCUUAUCACACUUGCCCUUCAAAACGCCUUCCUUACCAUUAUCAUGCACUAUUCCCGUAUAACAACAGCGCCGGGCAAGACUUACUCCGCCGCUACAGCCGUACUCCUCAACGAAUUGCUCAAAGGUACUAUAUCAGUAUUCAUCGCAUUGAAACGAAUCGACACGAACAUGACAAAUUCUCCUCCUCCCCCAGUGUAUUCUGAGAAGAUGAAUUCUAAAAAUUCUGAUCGAAGAUCAUCCUCAAAAGCUUUCACCAUGUUUCAUCCCUCUCGCAUAACGACUUUAACAAAAGCCGUCUUCUCACCGGAUUGCUACAAACUUUCGGUACCCGCUAUACUUUACGUGAUACAAAAUAAUCUCCAAUACGUGGCGGCUUCCAAUCUAGAUGUUGCAACUUUUCAAGUAACAUAUCAGAUGAAGAUUCUCACCACAGCUUUUUUUUCAGUCUUGAUGCUACGAAAACGAUUGACUAGACUCAAAUGGGCCUCUUUAAUCAUGCUUGCUAUCGGAGUGGGAAUCGUACAGAUGCAAUCAUCUGCAACGCCACCUCCUACUAUCACGCAUCCACCUCCUCAUGUUGGACAUCAUCACGGAGAACAUCAGCUACGUGCUGAAAUACCUCUCAUCCCCGAAACAACAAUGACACAUCGAAGAGUAAUGCAUCCUUUCAAGGGGUUUAUAGCUGUCACGUUGGCCUGUAUGACUUCUGGAUUGGCAGGUGUCUAUUUCGAGUUUAUCCUUAAAUCUUCUUCUGGAUCUGCUCCUCCACCAGAUUUAUGGGUUAGAAAUACGCAAUUAUCCCUUUUCUCCCUUGUUCCAGCUUUGGUACCCAUCAUCGUUGCCCCUAAUGGCCCCGAAGGUAUGGGUUAUAUAAUGAAAGUUAUGUCUGCUUUCAGCAACUUCAAUGGAUGGGCAAUUGGCACUGUUAUCACGCAGACUCUUGGUGGAUUGAUCACUGCGUUGGUAAUCAGAUACAGUGACAAUAUCAUGAAAGGAUUCGCAACCUCAUUAUCAAUUGUUAUUUCAUUCCUUGCAUCCGUUGCAUUAUUCUCAUAUCCAAUCACACUUGCGUUCGUGUCGGGAUCAUCAAUAGUGUUGCUUGCUACCUACAUCUAUAAUUCACCUGGAAGUCCGCAACAACAGUCAUCGAGAACGACAGUAGCAGUAGCACCUGGAUCACCCAUAACAACAUCUGCACCUAUCUUAGGUGAACCCGAAAGACCAUCGAGAACAUCAAGUGUAAUCAAUUUGUUAGGAUUGGGAUCAAGUUCAAAUACAGGUUCAAGAAAACCUUCUUCAACUGAUUUAAGGUCACAAUUCGCUUUCACCCCCUCUUCACCAAACCCAAACACGAACACUUCGGGUUCAGGUUAUUCAGCUUCCGCACCUGGUACACCUUAUUUAGCGAGUGGAUACAAUUCAGGUAGAGCAAGUCCAUCUCCACAUCUUGCAAGUGCUGCUCAAAUAGGCACUGGUGGUCCAGGUACAGGGUUCCACAAGGAAAAACCAAAGUUGACCUUGGACAUGGAUGGGAAGUAA